AUGAAGCCCAACCCCACAGGCUCCUCCCCAGAGGCCUGCAAAGCUGCAGGCCAGGCACCACAGCAGAAGACUCAAGCUGGACCUGCCAAGGCCCCUCAGCAGAAGGUUCUGGUGACUGGAGGAGGAGGCUACCUGGGCUUCAGCCUAGGUUCCAACCUGGCCAGGCGUGGUAUAUCUGUCAUUCUACUGGACCUCCGCAGACCCCAGUGGGCACUGCCCUUGGGGACUGAGUUCAUCCAGGCUGAUGUCCGAGAUGAAACAGCCCUAUAUCGUGCCUUUGAAGGGGUGGACUGUGUCUUCCACGUGGCCUCCUAUGGAAUGUCUGGUGCUGAGAAGCUACAAAAAGAGCAAAUUGAGUCUAUAAAUGUCGGAGGCACCAAACUAGUGAUCGAUGUCUGCGUUCGCCGGCGGGUUCCAAGGCUUAUCUACACCAGCACUGUCAACGUUGUAUUCAGUGGGAAGCCCAUAGAGCAGGGCGAUGAGGACUCUGUGCCGUAUUUCCCAUUGGACAAGCACAUGGACCACUAUUCCCGAACCAAAGCCAUUGCUGACCAGUUGACCCUCAUGGCCAAUGGGACACCUCUUCCAGGAGGAGGCACUCUUCGGACAUGUGUGCUCAGGCCCCCAGGGAUCUAUGGCCCUGAAGAGCAGAGGCACCUGCCCCGUGUGGCGAGCCACAUCAAGAGAAGACUGUUCAUGUUCCGAUUUGGGGACCGCAGGACACAGAUGAACUGGGUUCACGUGUGCAAUCUGGUGCAGGCGCACAUGCUGGCAGCUGAGGCCCUCACUGCGGCCAAGGGCUAUGUGGCUUUUGAGAAGCUGGGGUACAGCCAGCCCUGGAUCCAGGUGCCUACUUCCUGUGUUUACCUGGCAGCUGCAGUGAUGGAGCAUCUGCAUCUGGCCCUGAGACCCAUCUGCAGUGUCCCUCCACUGCUCACCCGGAGUGAGGUGCUCAACGCGGCAGUGACGCACACCUUCCAGAUCACCAAGGCCCGCGCUCAGCUGGGCUACGCGCCGGCCAAGUUCAGCUUCGCCGACGCCGUGGAGCGGUACGUGCAGUCCACCGCCGGGCGGCCCGGCGGCUCUACGGCGCGGGCGCUCCUGCGGCUGCUUCUUGGGCUGCUGCUCCUUGGCCUGCUUGCCCUGGCCCUGUACUUCCUGGCCCUGCAACCUCUGCAGGCCACCGUGGACCGCCUCUGA